CGUGCACGGUGAUCUCAGAGCACUUGGGCAUGUGAUGGAUUGCGGUUUGUUUGCUGUUUUGAUAUUUUAGAUUUUAAUAUUAGGAUGUGACAACCGGAAUGACGGACUCAGUCUGGAUCAACACAACGAAAAGCUGCUGAUCUCAGCUCUACAAUGAACAUUCAGUCUGCCAUUAACAAAGAGCUGUUUGUCCCUCGUGAUGAGCACCUCCUGGUGGCAGUGGAGGUGCAGAGGAGAAAAAGGAAGCGGGUGUCCUUCCUACCACCUGGAGGAAAAGCCAACUAUGUCACAUUCAUGUGCCUGUCAGUGACCAACACAAGGCCUCAUCAGCUCCUUCUUACAAAGGUGAAGCAGUUUGGAGGCUCCUCCUCCUUUACCAGGCGAUCCCAGUGGACAGUGGACCAGCUUCAACAGGUCAACGGCAUCAACCCCAACAAGGAUAGCCCAGAUUUUGACCUGGUAUUCAACAGCAAAGUGGACCAGUGGGUGGCCAGGUCUUCAGCAGAAAAGUGCAUCUUCAUCCAGAUCCUGUAUCAGGCAUGCCACACCUACUGGGAAGGGAAGGCAUGCAGCCUGGGCAAGGUGAGCCAACAGAGUGCCCAACACCAGGGUGCAGCCGGUACAAGCUUGUCCACCCAGGGUCAUGGACCAAGGACCUUGCAGGCCCAACGAAAGAGCUCGGUUCCUCCCAGACAGACUGAGUUCAUUAACUGCCAGUCCAAGCUGACCGGAGAUGCCUGCACCAUGAACCUGUUCAUCUAUCGGUGCAAAGUCUUCUUGAACCGUUUGAAGUACAGGAUGGUCACACGCUCACGUCACUCACAGGGUCAAGGUCGCUCAGGACCCCACCCUGCAGGAAGCGCUGUGGGUAACGUAGUGCAUCGUAUAAACGUGGCUAUGGGGGAGCGUGGGGACAGACUGACCCAUGCUGAAGACAGGACAGUGGAGCUGCUGCACAAGGCCCAGCAGUUUGCAGACACUGCUCACAAGCUGGCCCUCAAGCAUUCAAAAUAAGACGUGUUGGAAGAGGACGUCUGGAGUCGUUCAGGACCUUGGAGAUGGUUCUUCUAACAUGCACACUAACUGCUGAGAACGCUGGAGGGCGGCUGAUG